AUGUUUCUUUUAAUUUUAACUUUAAUUACGUAUACAACAGCAAGUCAAGUGUAUUUUCAAGGAAUCGAACUUUUCUCUGAUGUAAAUUAUAGUCAAUAUUUUAGUGUUAUUCCAGCUUGUUCAUCAAGUCCAACUGAAUGUGUCAAAGCACCUCGAUACCGUAUAUAUAAUCCAUUUUCUACUACACUGAAUAAGAGUGCAUCUUGGCAAAUAGCACAAUGGGCUAGUCAUUCAAAUUUAUCCACUAAUGGUACUUUAAUUGAGGAUGAAAAAAGUAAAGGUAUGCAAUGGUCAACAGUAGAUAAACGUUUUAUAAUUUUUCAGGAUGGUCGUUUACAAAUGGUCGUUAAUGGAUAUCAUGAAUAUGAUGGUCAAUAUGAACCACUUGAUGCACCAUGGAUACAUCUUCUUAUGCAGCAAGAUAUUGGAAUAACAGGUGGUUCUGUACCAUUGAGUCAAAUUCAUGAAUUACGAUGA